GAUUAUGAAUCAUUCUUAUGGAUGAAGCGGUUAUUUAUGUUGUGUACAGGGGCAGAUCUGUUGCCAGUCAAAUUCCUCCCAAAGGGCUCGGUAGACGUAGAGAAUAGGAGGAGCAUCAGCAGCAUUACAGACUGCAGCAAACACAUCUCAUGCAAAAGGCAGAAGAGCAGAAAGGAGAAAACUUUAGAGAAGGGAAAGAUGAAAUACAGUGAUUGAGAGAAAACCAUGCUGCUUGAAGAAGAAAAGACAUAAACUGACCAUCAAGUACGUCAAGCAUUACACAAGCAACAUGUCUCGGCCACCAGGAAGAAAGCAGGAGAACCACAAAAUAAGAACUUUUUGUACUCACGUAUGGGGCUUUGGUAGCCCAGCUGUGCAAGGACUAUGAAAAAGAUGAAGAUGUCAACACCUGUUUAGAUAGAAUGGGAUAUGGCAUUGGCAUAAGGCUGAUUGAUGAUUUUUUAGCUCGUUCAGCUGUGAAAAAGUGCCGCAGUUAUUCUGAAACAGCAGACAUGAUUGCACAGGUUGCUUUCAAGAUGUACCUUGGGGUCACCCCUAGCGUGAGCUGCAGUAGUGCCGCAGGAAAUGAAUUCUCCUUAAUCCUGGACAAAAACCCACUAGUGGACUUUGUGGAGGAGCUGCCACCAGAACGAGCAUCACUUUGCUACUGUAACCUCCUCUGCGGGGUGAUUCGAGGUGCCUUGGAAAUGGUUCACUUAGCAGCAGAAGUUACCUUCCUUCAGGACAGGCUGAAGGGCGAUGCUGUGACAGAAAUAGGAAUUACAUUUUUAAGGAAGGCUGAAGACAGAAAGCACAAAAGAAAUAAAUGAAAGAAAUAUUGGGAGAAACCCUUGCUGAGGGAUAUUUUGCAUCUUUUGUUUCUGAAGAAGACAUGCAGGGUAAAAAUGGCUUCGCUGAGCCAGCUGCACCAGUUGUACACGUGAAGGGUGAAGAGAGCCGGGCGGCGAGCAGGAGGGGCAGAGCAGGGGGAGAGCAAUGUUAAUUGUCAUGACAUAGAUACCAGUGUAAAAGAUCAAAAUGGCCUGCCCUUCCUUCUUGCAUAACCAUGCUCUUGAGCUCAAUGAAAGUUUUAUCUCAGUAUUUAGUACACACUGGAUGCAAAAUAUUCAUUCGGACGCCAAAUGUUUUUGGAUAAACAUGGACACCUUUUCCCGUUUUGUUUGUUGGUAAUGUUUCAAAGCAUGCUUGCUAAGCGGUGCUUUAUUUCCCUGGCUGUUUGUGGUUAGGAAUAAUGAAUUCAUCCGCUGUGACUGCUGUAUGCAGUGUCUCCCUGUCAGGUGCCUGUUUUGAUGCGUAAUGGUUUGCCAUUCACUGUCCUCCACACCAGACAUCCUGCUCCCUUUGAAACCAGAGAGGGAUGCGGCUUCACUGACGUCAGGAGCUGCUUCAGUUCAUUACGGCUCUUUCAGGCACCACAUGCAGUUUUGCUGGCGUUGCCUGUUCAGCCCGUGCACACGUCAGGCUGCAGCACUGACAACCGCACCGAUGCUUGUGUUGCUUCAAGCCAUGGGCCUUUUCAUGUCAGUCUUCUCUUCAGGAGCACUGAUCUUAUGACCAAACUGAACAAAGCAUGGCGUAUUUAAUGUGUAGUCACUGUGGAUCUGUACUCACCUAAAGAAACUCGAAUAAAAAUUCAGAGAUUGCCACACAA